AUGUCUUCAUUUGCUGUGAAAUCUGGAAAAAGAAGUGCUUACGCACCGGUUAAAGUAGACCCAGAGAGUGACUAUUGUACACCUGGAGCGUUUGAUUUGGAGAGACUCUUUUGGAAAGGAAGCCCCAAAUACACGCAUGUCAACGAAGUCUGGCCAAACCUCUACAUAGGAGAUGAGAAAACGGCACUUGAUCGGUACAGCCUGGAGAAAGCUGGCUUCACCCAUGUGCUCAACGCAGCCCAUGGAAGAUGGAAUGUGGAUACGGGGCCCAACUACUACGAAGACAUGGCCAUCCAGUACCAUGGAGUGGAGGCAGACGAUCUUCCCACCUUCAACCUGAGCCAGUUUUUCUACUCUGCUGCCGAGUUCAUCCAUGAAGCACUCCAGGAUGAGACCAACAAGAUCUUGGUCCACUGUGCCAUGGGGCGUAGCCGCUCAGCAGCCUUGGUCUUAGCCUAUCUGAUGAUUUACAAGCACAUGACUGUGGUGGAUGCCAUUGGCCAGGUGCUCCAACACAGAUGCAUCCUUCCGAACCGCGGGUUCCUGAAACAGCUCCGGGAACUGGACAUAAAGCUGGCCUUGGAAAGGAAAAAUGCCACCAACAGGCUCAACGCAAGCAAAGAGGAGAAGGCCCACGCAGAGAUUUAA